AGAACGGGGCGUAAUUUCUCUCAAAUACCGAAACGUCGGAGAGUAAUAGAGAGAGAAAAUCAGAAGCGGAGAGAGGGAAGCCCAUCAUUAGCUUACGAUUGCGAAUCCCAAUACGAUCUACUCUUUAAAUUCAAUGAAACCCCUCGAAUUCCAAUCACUUCAAAAUCUUCAACUUAAUGCCCCAAUCCAAAGCUAUGUGUAGUUUCAUUUCGUGUAAAUAGAAUUUCAGCAGAGGGUAAUGGGUUUUGAUCUGGCUCCGCUGUCGGAGGCUACUUCGGGAGCCAUUGGAGCACUUGUGAGCACAACCGUACUUUACCCGUUGGAUACGUGCAAGACUAAGUACCAAGCCGAAGUUCGAGCUCACAAUCAGCAAAAGUACAGGAACAUUUCUGAUGUGUUUUGGGAAGCAAUUUCUAACAAUCAAGUUCUCUCACUGUACCAGGGCCUUGGGACAAAGAACCUGCAGUCCUUUAUAAAUCAGUUUAUAUACUUCUAUGGAUAUAGCUUCUUUAAGAAGCUAUAUUUAAAGAAAAGUGGAUCAAAAUCUAUUGACACCAAAGCUAACUUGAUUCUUGCCGCCGCCGCUGGGGCUUUUACUGUUGUCGUGACCCAGCCUUUGGAUACAGCAUCAUCGAGGAUGCAAACAAGUGAAUUUGGAAAAUCCAAAGGACUCUGGAAAAGCCUUUCAGAGGGCACUUGGAGUGACGCAUUCAGUGCUCUAGACAUCUCUCUUCUUCUGACUGCAAAUCCAUCUAUCCAGUACACUGUAUUUGAUCAGCUGAAACAAAGACUACUGAAGGGUAAGCGAAGCAAGAAGAAUGAUACAGAAUUGUCCUCGGAAUCUCUUUCUGCCUUUUCUGCAUUCUUGCUGGGUGCAGUUUCAAAGUGUGUCGCAACUUGUUUAACAUAUCCAGCUAUCAGGUGUAAGGUGAUGAUUCAAGCUGCUGAAUCCGAUGAAGAUGGAACAAGGAUAGCUCAACCCAAGUCCCGAAAGUCAAUAUCGGAUGCUAUCCUCAUGAUUUGGGAAAGGGAAGGGCCGCUUGGUUUCUUUAAAGGGUUACAGUCUCAGAUUUUGAAGACGGUGCUAAGCUCGGCAUUGCUCUUGAUGGUGAAGGAGAAGAUUACAAAAACCACAUGGGUUCUAAUGCUUGCACUCCAAAGGUUUCUGUUAAUAGCCAGGCCCCGAUUGAAGAGUGCUUAAACGGGCGUCAAUUAGGAGUUCUAUGCAAGGAUCCCUUUGAAAUAUUGAAGGGAAAAAAACCCCAUUAAAAAUUGCACCUAAUUGUAAACUGGGUUUUCUAGCAAUAAAUGGUGGACAAUGUGGGGUUGUAAUUGGAUUUUUUAGAUGAGUUGUAGAGUAGAGAUGUAUUGGGUUUCCCUCUGUUUCCAAUUUUGUGAAAUAGUACCAUAGCUUAGACCUCUGUUGGCCUUUGCAAAAGUUUCUCAAUAGUUUCAUUGCCUCUUACCUUAAGACCGUGUUUGGUCCAACGGUUUCUGGGGGAAUGAGAAAGAUGAAAGGAAAAGAGGAAGUGGAAUUCAUGACAGUGAAGGGGUUUAUUGGUAAUUCAGUAUAAUGCAAAGGAGUUUUUCUUUGUA